AAACACCUCUCCUUUAAGUUAGCACCGACCCAAACAAGCAGGAAACAGGAAAUGUUCACGUUUCUGCAGGGCUGAAAGUGCGACCAGCAUCAUGCUGCUGAGCGCGGACCCCCAGGCUCCCGGAGCCACCCUCGUCGUCGCCCUGGUCAUCGCGUCCCUCCCCACCAGCCAGGAGCAGGAUGAUAUGGAGCCACCAGAACACUCAGCAGAAAUACCCCCAGAAAUGGAAAGCCUGGAUGAAGGGACUGUGACGCCAAGCGCAUUUGCUGCAGUGACCACAGAAACAUUACCUGCCAAUAUAUCAUUUCCCCUUAUUGAGGAGGAUGGAGCCCAGGCAGAGUUUAUGCUAAUGGUAUUGGUCCCAUCGAUUUUACUGGCCCUCCUUCUUUUGUCCGUGGUAUUCCUUGUCAUACACCGCAAAAGGAAAAGGAAUAAACGAGAGCCCUCUAGCCAAGGAUCUCACAGUGCUUUGCAGACAAAUGAACUGGCAAGUGAAAACAUGAAAGUGCCUAUUUUUGAGGAAGACACACCCUCUGUUAUGGAAAUAGAAAUGGAAGAGCUUGAUAAGUGGAUGAACAGCAUGAAUAGAAAUGCUGACUAUGAAGGUUUACCUACUUUAGAGGAAGAAAAGGAGCCAAACCACAACAGCCCAAGUGACAACGAAUCCUGAUCCUGAACGGUGCUAAUGUUCUCCAAGAGAAGCAGGCCCAGGGGAAGCCUGCCCGGCCUGCCAGCAGAGGAUGAAGAGGAUCCGAACGAAAUUGAUAUCCAGGUCAACAUAAACACGAGAACCUUUUGCUCUUUCUUCCAACACCCAUCGCAUCACCUGUCCCUGGAGGGAGGAAGGCGCGAUUGAGAAGCUCUAGGCAGACGACUGGCCUCCAUCUGUCGCUGAGGGUAGAGGAGCCACGAGGGGCAGUCAGCACUCAUCAUGGGGUGUUCAGGCUGUGCUGUCACCCUGGCCACACACUCUGAAUCCUUCUUGCCUUUCUGCUUCCUUGCGGAAUAAAUCAGGAAGCUGUCUGA